AUGGCUCUCGAAGGCCGCAUCGACAUGUGGCGCACCCGCGUGCCCAGCCGUCUUGACCGCGAGGACCCUUUUGAGGGCGAUGGCUUUGAAUCACGCCCUGCGACGCGCCUGACGUUCCGCGAGCCAGACCAGCCAGUCCGUCGUCCGUCCACACGCCUCAGCUUCCUCCGCUCCGCUACGCCACUCUUUGGGCGAUCAUCUACGUCUUCUAGUAGGGAUUCUGCCUCAACCUUUGGGCGAAAGGUCGAUGGUAGACGAAGGGGUCUGUUAGCGCUGUUCAGUCGUAAACGGAAACAAUGCUUGACCCCAGAGCCUAUUCCCAAGGAACCGGUCCGGCUGAACUAUCUCUUUGUCGGGGGCAGCUGUUCCGGGCAGACUUCUUUGCUUUUUCGUGCUCGAUAUGGAUACUUUCCAGAUACUCGCGCUUUCACUCGACCGCUGUAUGAGACGUACGACACCUCGGGCGCUCCAGACCUCACCACCGUCGAGCGCUUGGCAUACAUGAGUUGGGACGCUGUUUUUCUAUGCUUUGACAUUUCUGACCGGGUUUCCAUGUACAUCAUGAUCCAAUGGUGGAAACAUGCAUCCAACAACGGAUUUGCUCAACCAGGGAUUUCCCAGCCUCUAUACCUCCUAGGCAUGAAGAAAGAUCUUCGUGACCAGUGCUUCUUAAUGGACCACCGAGAGGUUCGUGGCAACGAGUCUCCCGGCUUUUUCGAGUUUCCAUCCUGCUGCGUGUGUCCCUCAGAGGGGAACUUUCAUGCGUCACGAAUUGGUGCUUGCUAUCUUGAGUGCUCUGCUGCCACGGGAGAGGGCAUGGAGGCGGUGUUUGAUGAGGCUGCGAGAGAGGCGACAGGACAGAUGGGAGGAGACGAAGAGGUUGAGGAUGUGGUACCAAAGAAGAGACGAUUCUUCUGACAUGACACUGUUUGAUCGAGGGGGAGAUGUUGUUGCCAAUCGUAACUUGUAAAGGACAGGUGUGAGAGUCUCAAGUCUGGUUAGAGA